ACAAAACUGAAUUUAGGAAAUAAGAAAAUUAUGGAAUAUUUUUUAUGAUAAAAAUAAUAAGCAAAUAAUUAUGACAUAAUAUGUAGAAAUUAGGAAGAGAAUAAUAAAAAAUAAAUACAUUGUUAAUAGAUAAUACUUGUAACAAUAAAAAUUUGAAAGGACGCCAAAAACACCAGUUUGAGAAUAUUUGCAAUUGAUUUGGUUGAUGAUAGAUAGAUAAAAACACUUUUCGUGAUUGUUGACCAGCUGUUUAACAUCGGUAUUGAUUUGAUUGGGUAUCCCCUACUGUAUCCAUACAUCUAUAAUAAUAUGUAAUGUGUCGUUGGAUAACCUGUAAAUUUACGCGUCACUCUGCCACUGUAUUGACUGAACACAUGUUGAAAGAUCGUCUUUCACACUUCGACUAACUUUGUUGUGACCAGUCAUCUUAUAUACUGAACUCCGUAACAUUGAUUAUUGUAUUAGAAUAUUUCAAUACUUCACAAUGUCCCACCAAAAUUGCAUUGCUUGUUUUACAAAUCCUAAAAACACUGAAAAUGUUUCUUUCCACAAAUUCCCUACAGAUGAGGUGAGGCGUGAAACAUGGAUCAAGAAACUUGAAUUAGAUACAUGCGUUAUUUCUGAAUAUACAAGAGUCUGUAGUAAACAUUUUUUACCGGAAAGUUUCUCCAGUUACUACCACUUUAAACGUAAACAAUUACACCCUAAUGCUGUUCCGUUAAGCUACGAAGAAGUUAUGAAUUAUUUGGAGAGUAAUAGUCAGAAACCAACAGGAAUUGUUGAUAACGCAGCCUCCAGGGAUGUUAGUAGAAUACAAAUGUAGUUAGAUAAACAGAAGCCUUCAACAUCAUCUAAACGUUAAUUUCAAUACACAAAUCAAAAGAAAAAAUUGGGAAAUUCUUGAAGAAUUAUCGACUGACCUGACUGAUUAUAAUAAUACCUAUACCUAAAUUGUAAAUAUAUUGUAUUCAUUAAAAUAAACUUUAAGAUUAUCCCAAUCUGGAAUAUUUUUUAUAUGUUAAACGUUUAUACUUAUUAUGAUCAUAUUUUUAACUAUAAAUUAAAUAAUUUAUACUCCAAUUCAUCAGGUUAUUAGUAAUUAAUAGUAAUUAUCAAUUUAUUAGUUGU